CUCAUCAAUCAUUUCAUCAUUUGCUCUACAACUUCCAAAACAUAUUACCUACUUCCUUUCCUUCUCUCUCUCUCUCUCUCUAGUCCAAAACCCACUAUGGAUCUUUCUCUCCAAUUCAAUUCCCACCAUUUCCUACAAACUGGUCCAAUCCAACAAACCCAUCCAAACCGGCUCAACUCCAUCUCCUGCCGAGCCAACAAUUUGUACCAAGUGCUGUCACUCUCAUCGGAAAGUGUCGGGCCGGAGGAGAUAAAGAAGGCCUACAGAAAGCUGGCCCGGCAGCACCACCCGGACGUCCGGCCCGCAUCCGGGAAAGAAGAGUCGACCCGCCGGUUCUUGGAGAUCCGGGAGGCUUACGAGACGCUAUCCGACCCGGCCUCCCGUCUGGUCUACGACUACCAGCUCAGCACCACAAACUCGAGUGGGCGGCCGCGGCGGAGGGAGUGCUCGUCGUCGAGAGCGGUGUGGCAAAUGCAGCUUCAUGGGCUGAAGGAGCGGUCCCGGGUCAGGAUGGAGAGAAAGAGUUAUAGUUCUUAAAACAAAAUAAAAUGUUUUUGUAAACCCUACGGACAAUGUUUCGUUAGUUUUUUUUGGGCAAAGGAAGUGUUUGUUUUUGUGUGAGAUGAAAUGUCUCUUUUUCCUUUUGUUAUCUUGUUUAAGGUUAUACGGGGAAUAUCCUGACAUCCCUGUAUAAUUCUUUGUGUCUAGUUCUUGGUAAUUUGGAUGUCGUAAAUGUGUUUGACUUAGAUAUUUCUUUUCUAUGAAUGGUCUAGGUGAGGUGUAUAAUUCUUGGAUAUGCAUUUGCGUAUAAGCAGAUCGAGUUUUGUGGUUAUGCAUUUCUGUACGUAUAAGCAGCAGAUCCAUGGCUAGGCGCUCCGACAGAAUGGAUUAUCUAUUUUUGGUUGUAUUGUUGGUUUUGUGACAUGCCUUUCGUUGGAGUGUUGAUAGAGGGUGAACUUUCACCACUUUCCUUGGGGAUGCUGAGGUGAUUCUGGCAAAUUUCCGUAAUGGUGAGUUGUUGGAUGAGCGAAGUGAAAGCUAUUUUUUUCACCAGAUUGUUGGUUGCGAGUCUUGUUUCGCUACUCAAAAUAAUAUUUGUGGGUCUGAAUAAUAGUAAAAAGGUUAC